UGAUACAGUUUGGGUUGUGUUUUUUACUUGCUUGUGUAUAUUUAUUGAAAUAUUCUGUAUGAAAUGUUUAAAAGAAAUCAAAGGUACAUGCAUAAACAUCUGAAGCACUUAGAAACUUGUCGGGUCAUUUUGAGCCUCUCGAUGUUUAAUCUGAUUGUAUGUAUAUGUUUCACAGGACAAAACGCUGCACCCCCAGAAGUGGUUACCAAAUAUGGGAAACUCCGAGGGCAGCGAAUCAAAGUUGAUGGAGCUGAGACACAUGUAGAUGUUUUCCUGGGAAUUCCUUUUGCCAAGCCACCUGUUGGACCUUUGAGAUUUUCCCCACCAGCGCCAGCUGAGCCAUGGAAGGGUCUCAGAAAUGCAACUAUCUACCCACCCAUGUGCCUACAGGACUCAGUGGUUGGGCAGCAUCUAUCGGAUGCAUUUACUAACAGAAAAGAAAAACUUUCUUUCCAAGUUUCCGAAGACUGUUUGUUCCUAAACGUGUACACGCCUGUCAGCUCAGACAUGGACAUGUUACCUGUAAGUCAUGGAUGGAUCCAUGGAGGUGGAUUAGUGAUUGGUGCAGCUUCAACAUGAGGGUCAGCACUAUCAGCCUUUGAAAAUGUGGUGGUUGUAACAAUUCAGUAGACUGGGAUCCUUGGAUAUUUUAGCUCUGGUGAUGAACAUGCUCGUGGAAACUGGGGUUAUUUGGAUCAAGUGGCAGCUCUCCAGUGGAUUCAGGAAAAUAUUGAACAUUUUGGAGGAGAUCCAGGAUCUGUCACUAUAUUUGGAGAGUCUGCAGGAGGAGUCAGCGUUUCUGCCCUUAUCUUAUCUCCUCUGGCAAAGGGCUUGUUCCAUAAGGCCAUCUCAGAGAGUGGAGUUACAAUCAAGGGGUUGUUCACUGCUCAUCCUGAAGCACAAGCUAAUAAAAAUUUGCUAAGUUCUGGCUGCCAAUCAACCAGCUCUGCGCCAAUUGGUUUUGUCUAGGAAAAGACAGGAAAGAAAAUGAUGGAAAUAACGCUGAAGAUGAG